AAGCAUUCAGUCCCCUAUCUGUUCCUCGUAGAGAAAUGAGCUCUCUGGUCAAAUGACACCAAUAUGGAGUUGACAGGUAGAUCGAUGUGGAUGCCGGAGACCAUAAGAUGGCCUCCACAUGUGGACAUGGAGAUGGAGGAGGAGGCAGGUGAGGUGGGCUGUCUGGAUUCAAGAGAAAGCCGAGCAAACAAAGAUUUGCAGUCGGAAAACAAGGAGGAGAUAAAAAGAAGAACAGCUUUCACAGUUCAUUUGUAUAGUAACCGCACAAAUAGGAAAUGACAGCCCACGAGUCAAUAGUCAAUCUAUCGGGACGGAGGAGAACCAUUGGUUUUGCUCCUCCUCUCCUGUGACUUCCGCCCUCUCCACCACCGAGCUCAAUCCAUCCUUCCGGCCUCUGCCCACAACUCCACGGGUAUUUCUUUCCUUGUGGUGUUUUCUGCUCACCAAAACAUUCCGUCAAAACUUUCCCUUGCCACUGGCGCAAUUGCGUGACUGAUCCUUCUGAUGCCAUGAGUCUUGUCUUCCGUCUCUUCUUGGUGGUAAAAAUUUGAUCUUGACUUGAAUUAAUUGGAGAAGACGAUGCUCCCUUCAUGGAUGAUAUCUGCGAGGAGACUUAGAUUUGGCUGGUGAGUUGCUUGGGCUCUGCUUCGUAUCUUUCUGGAUCUUCCUUUUCUUACCGAUCUACCAUCUUGCUAAGAUUGUAAGCUUCUGUCGUUUCCUUUUCCAUCCGUUGCAUCUUGUUUUGUUGUGGCAUUAUAGAUUCAGGAAGGGGCGUUGAGGACGAAAGAUGGGUGAGAGCAUGGCUGCUAGAUAUUGGUGCCACAUGUGCUCUCGGUUGGUGAAUCCGAUCACGGAAGUGGAGCUCAAAUGCCCGCACUGUGACAGUGGAUUUGUGGAAGAGGUGGACGGCAGAGAAGACGUGGACGAUCAAACCCUCUCCCCAUGGGCUCCGAUCUUGCUGAGAAUGCUCGGGGGUGGCUCCCUGCGCCGCCGGAGAAUCCACAGGGAAGUGGAAAGGGAGAGUUCGGACCGAGAAGUCGAGGCCUUUCGCCGAAGGCGGAGGAGGACCCCCGCCAUGCUUCAGAUGCUCCAUGCCCUCCGGGAGGGGAACCGAUCGGAGCCGGGUAGGAUCGACGUCGAGAGGGAGCACGGAAGGGGAACGGAACAUGUCAUCCUCAUCAAUCCCUUCGCCCAGGCAUUGAUUCUGCAAGGAUCAUCUGAUGCGGACCAACUGCAAGGCCCUGGUCUGGAGCUCUUGCUGCAGCACCUGGCGGAGAACGACCCGGACCGGUACGGGACGCCGCCGGCUCUGAAAGAGGCGGUGGAUGCUAUGCCUACAGUGAGAAUCGAGAAGAACACGAGCUGUUCCAUCUGCUUGGAGGAUUUGGAAGUUGGCGGAGAGGCCACGGAGAUGCCCUGUAAGCACAAGUUUCAUGGCGGCUGCAUCUUGCCGUGGCUGAAGCUCCAUAGUUCCUGCCCUGUUUGCCGGUUUCAGAUGCCUGCCGAUGGACCGAAGGCUACAAGUGCAGGUGGUAGUGGCAACAGAGCGGCGGUCGGGGAUGGGAGAAGCGUGCCAUGGCCUCUCGAUGGCUUCUUCCCUUUGUCAGCUUCUCGAAGCAGUAGCAACUCCUCCUCCUCACCACCGCCAUCAUCAUCGACGUCGGGAAGUAGCUCGCAGCCAAAUGAGAACUGAAGACGUGCGCUCAAUCUCUGCUGCCGAAAUUGCUUCGUUUUCUGAUUUAGCAUUCUGAAAGAACAAAAUGCUUGCAAUUGCAUUGUCCUUUGGAUUCUCGAGUGUCUGCUGUCUGAGGAUUUCAAUCUCUCGUCGUUUAGUAGUUCUCUUCGAACAACUGUGAAAACUCUGCAGCUUCUACUUCGAUCAAAAUCAUUACUCCAACAUGACAUUAAACUGCAGAGACCACUUCAUUA